AUGGGGAAAUCGAAAAAAGGAGAAGAAGUUGAUGCGAAAUGUUCUAUUGAGGAUGAUGUUCCUUUGACAACGACUUUAUUGAACUUAAGAAACAAAAAGAAGAAAGAGAAAGAAAUUACACCAACAAUUGAUGCGGAUUUGUUGGAAGAUAUCAACAAAGAAGUUUCAGAAACGGAAGAAGAAGAAGAGAGCGAACUUUCCAAACAAAGGAAAGUAUUGCAAGAACAACAGAAGAUGGUGCAAGCACUUCAGGAAAAGCUGCUACAACAGGAAAAGCAGCUGGAUCUGAUUGAACAAAAAAAGAAGGGUGGAGAAGGACAAAAAAAUUCCAGCAAAGAUCCUGAAAAGCAGGAAGAAACUGAAAAGAAAGAGCAUGAAGUAAAAGUGCAUGAAGAAGUGAAAGAACCUGAAAAAGAGGAGGCUGAGGUAAAAGUUCCAGAAGAGCUGGAUGAACCAGAAAGAAAAGAAAAGAAAACGAACUUAAAAAUUACUUUGAGAAAGAAAAAAGACGGAGAAAAAGCUGGUGAGGAACCUGAAAAAGCAAAGGGGAAGUCUAGGAAAUCAAUACCAAACAGGAAAAGGACAAGAAGUCAAUUGUUGAAAGAAGAAUUUCCCGAUCUUAUCAAAGAGGUAAAGCAGGAAUUGGAAGAGGCACAUAAGAAGAAGAGCUUGUUGCCUGCUGAGAAAAUUUCAACAAAAAAAGUUGCACCAAAUGCUAAGAAGGGGAAUGGAGUUACUUUGAAAAAGACUGCAGCACUUAAGAGGGGUAGCAAAGUUAAUCAGAUAGUUGUGAGGGAGGUUUAUGAAGACGAGGAAGAUGAAGAAGGAGGUGAAGAAGAAGGUGAAGAAGUAGAAGAGGAAAGUGAACCCUUAAUGAAGAAGGGGAAAAAAGUAGUUGAGAAGAGAGCAACAAGAAGUAAACAAAUUGUUGUUUCUGAUGAGGUCAUGGAGGUGGUGGAUGAUGAGAAACCAAAAUCUUUGGUUGUUGCCAAACCAAAACCUGAAGAAAGGAAACUAAAUCUAAGGAAAACUCCGCAAUUGAUGAUGCGAUUCUUGAGGGGAAUUGCAUCUAAUGAACCAGAUGAUAUAAGAAAACAACAAGCCAUCGUGGAGUUAGGCUUUGGAUCUCUUCUGCAACUUGACAUCCCAUAA